AUGUUCUUCCACUUGUCACUGGACCAUGAAGUCUGUCUUCACCCAAAAUACUUCGGUCCCAACUUGAAUGAGACUAUCAAGGCGAAACUUUUCAACGAAGUCGAAGGGACUUGCACAGGAAAGUAUGGAUUUGUCAUCGCUGUCACUACAAUCGACACAAUCGGACACGGCCUCAUCCAACCAGGACGUGGAUUCGUUAUUUAUCCAGUACGAUACAAAGCUAUCGUUUUCCGUCCGUUCAAAGGACAGGUUGUGGAUGGUGUCGUUACGCAAGUCAACAAGGUUGGAAUCUUCUGCGACAUUGGUCCGCUCUCAUGCUUCAUCAGUCGUCAUUGUAUUCCACCGGACAUGGAGUUCGAUCCAAACAGCGAGAAACCGUGCUACAAGACUAAUGACGAAGCCACAGUCAUCCGGAAUGACGAUGAAAUCCGCGUGAAGCUGAUCGGAACCCGUGUUGAUGCUAACGACAUCUUCGCGAUCGGUACACUCAUGGACGAUUUCUUGGGACUGUGCCCAGCGGAAUGA